CUCGUCCAUGCUCUUGCUCCACAUCCACCACCGCUACAACCGCCAUGAAAGCUCUUGCUCCCGACGCGUCUAUUGAGAAGAAGGGGCACAUAUGUCCUCCUUCAAAUGCCACCCACCCUCGAGACCGGUGGGAAACGGCCUUUGUGUAUUCAUUCAUUUGCAAGUUCACGCAGCUACGGGGUAAGGUGGAAGGGUUUGACACACCUAUGGAUCUUGAGGAGGCGAUGCUAUCGGAGGAAGCGAACCCGAUAAUAACUCAAAUCUUGGCGCGUUUUGUGUUGAACUUGCAUCCACAAACGCGUAACUUGAGUUCAGACGUGAUAUCGUCAACUGUGGCCACUGUAUUGCAGGAGUACCUCAAGACGCCAGAGCGGUUGGUCUUUUGGGACGAUGAGCUGAAGAAGAACGUGGAUCCCUUCCACCAGAUGCUAAAUGGAUUCUUUGCUGCGCCAUGGGACUUGAAGCUGAAGGUGCUCCGACAGCUAGUGGAAUUGCAACUCUGCCAUAGUUCAGACAUCAAAGCCAUCAUAGACCGCGCUUGGGGUGUCAUUCAUAACAAGCACAAGAAGACUGAGACUACGUCUGCACCUCCUCCGCCCAGCGACCCCCAAAGCCAGGAAAAUUUGCUACUGCUCCCACUCGGUCAGGACAAAGAGCGCAAACGCUACUGGGCUGUAGAUGACUCUCCACGGUUAUAUAUCUCAACGAAUCCAUGGAAGAUCACUGCGACAUUUCAAACUAUUUCUACCACACGCGAAGAAUAUAUGGAGGUUGUCGAUAAGGUUAAGGAGGCUGCGCCUCCAGAACCAAAGGAAGGUGGACGAAGAACGAAAUUAGAACAAGCACAUCUUGCACUCUUGAAGCUUCUGGAAGAGAGAAUUGAGGCGAUUGAUGCCGAAAUAGCGCGAAUCCAACGCGCCCGUAAGAAGAUUGAGCAACGGAAUCUCUUGAUUGCUCAGGCAGAAGUUCGGGAAACCCGGACCCGUCGGCGGACUACUCGCCCUGACUAUGCGUACAUGAACGAUCCCACCAGUGAGUUCCAGGACGAUCAAGACGAGUACACUUAUCAAGAGCAAGAGGACGAGGAUUAUGAUGAACCGGCAGAUGACGACGAUCUGGCGGACUUCCGUGGUGCCAACGGUCGUUACCCUGGCAUCGGUCGGCGGCGGUCAACGCGAGCCACUCAUGCAGCUGUCCAUGCCAGACGGUCCAGUGGAGCUCAGGAUGAUUGGGCCGAAUGGCGCGGAGAACGCCGUUCUACUCGGUUAGGAGCGACCGUAGACAUGCAAUUGGACGGUCCACCAAAGCGAGCGCGGACAGAGGAUAGUCUGGUCAGCAAUGGGUCUACCGAAACACAGUCAACAACCGCACCGGCACAGAAUGGCAACGGGCUCAAGAUCAAGAUACACGGCGCAGCGGCGGUUAAACCCACAGAGACGGUGGUGGAAGCAGUGGCGGGGAAGAAGAAAAGUAAAUAUUGGUACUACGCGGUGGAGCCCGUACCAGCUCCACAGGUCGCACCGGACGAUCCCCUUGGGCCCCGUAAACGGCGACGGACGGAGAAAGCCGGCAUACAAAAUGGUACGCAUCCGGAGCAAACACCGGAUAACGAGUCUCAUUCUGGGACGAACGGAGAUGUUGUGAUGCACGAUCAAAAUGAAGAGGAUGGUUUGUCAACACGAGGGUCUCCCAUGGAUCAGUCAUGAGCUUGUAUCUCCAUAUUGUUGUACGCUUUCACGUCAUCUUUAUCUGCAUUGGUUACGCGCAGCAUUCACCAUCAUAUUCUUGGAUUGAGCAUGACCCACACCGUCCGACCUAAUUAUUGCUACAGUAGCUAAUUACUAUGCUAUGGGUGAGAUACAUGGAUAGAGCAUUAGAUCCC